AUGUGUACUGAUAUUGUGCGUAUUAGAUUUGGAUAUAAUUAUAGCUGGGGUGUCUAUCUUAAUUAUUAUAGAACAAAUGUAUAUAUUGGUCAAAUGAGUACUCUCUCUUGGAUUGGCUCAAUCUGUGUCGCGUUAUUUUUUAUUACAGGACCCAUCAACCAAAUACUUAUUGAAAGAAUGGGUUACAAAUAUAUGCUUGCAACAGGUACUGUUUGUUGUACAGCUGCUCUUAUUUUGGCCAGUUUUGCAAAAGAGGUAUGGCACGUAUUUCUGACGCAAGGUGUCUUAUUUGGCCUUGGAGCAUCCUUUGUCAGUUUAACCUGUAUUGGUGCACCUCAACAGUGGUUUUCAAAGAGAAGAGGUUUAGCUGUUGGCUUAUCAUUUUGCGGAUCUGGUGUUGGUGGUUUAGUUGUAGCCAAUAUUUCUAUGGCAGCUAUCAAAAGCAUCGGUUAUCGAUGGGCUCUUCGUAUUGAUGGUAUUAUCGUCUUUAUUCUUUUAUCGAUUGCUACUUGCCUUGUUCGUCCCUUUGGAGAUGUAAAAAAGACAGGUGGUCAAAGAAAGGUAAUUAAUUGGUAUCUAUUCAAAAAUCCCAUGUUUUCUGUCAUGUUCAUGCAUGGUCUUAUUACAACCUUUGGUUAUAUGACACCCUACUUUUUAUUACCUUCCCAUGCAAAUGCACUUAAUUUAGACCCUUGGGUUGGUGCCAACCUUUCUGCCAUCAUGUCGGCAGUUAAUGCUGUCGCAAGAGUGUUUACUGGACAUGUUGGCGAUAAGCUUGGUAGGUUCAACAGUCUGUUUCUCUGUACAUUUCUGUGUGGUGCAAGCUGCUUGCUCAUUUGGACCAAUGUUCAUAAUGAAGGAACCCUUUGGGCAUUUGCUGUUAUCUAUGGUUUCUUUGGUGGAGGUUAUGUCGCACUCUUCCCUGCAGUCCAACCACAGGUCGUUGGCCUUGAGAAUAUUGGUCCAGCUAUUGGAUUACUUUACACCACUAAUAUAUUUGGAUAUCUCUUUGGUACACCUAUUGCUUCUGCACUCAUCAAUCUAGAGACACCACCCAAUUAUCUUAAUGGUGCAUUAUGGGCAGGAAGUACUAUUGUUGUCGGUUCCUUGUUUGCAGGAUGGCUUAGAAUCCUAAAAGGCGGAUUUAAGUUUAUCAAGAUUUAG